GUUGGACCAAUAUUAGACGAAAAGAGGAAAACUUGAAAACGUGUGAGGAAAUUCCGUAGCAGUCGUGCUCAGACACUUGCAACGUGAGCUCCUUAAUACUUCAAGACGAAGAGAAUACAUCGCAAACGAGCGGUCCCCAGGACUACGUUCUGUACCGCAAUGAAGCGCCCAGCUGCUUUGCUACUCCUGUUGGCCUUGGCUAUGGGUACUCCUUUGACCCAGAAGCCUGCGACCGUCACGGAGAUGGUGACUACCGAAGAGGUGAGCGCAUCCACGGAGGAGCCAACCGGAACCAUAGUGGAUCCUACCACCGAGCAAUCAGAUUUAGUCAGUGAUGAGGUUGAAGGUGUCACCGAUUCAACCGUUCCCGGGAUAUCAACCAACGAACCCAACAUCAGCACAACUACACCAAAUACCGAUUACCAACCUCCUAGACAUAUUCCCACCCUUCUCGAAGAGAAGUUAGAUCUACUAGGCUGCGAUCUACCCUUGCUGCCGCCACAAUCGCGCGUAUGGAAAGGAAAUGAAACACAUGAGUUGCUGCUGCCUAUUACGGUGAGUGGAAAACAUAAUUUCAAUUAACCCUUCAUUAUUGAG